AAUAAUCUAGCCCUUAUGAAACUAUUGUCUUAACUUUAGUCAACAGUCUAUCAAAAACAUUUGAUGGCUCUUCACUUACUAUAAAACUAAUUUGAUAGUACUGUUCGCAAUUAAAAAUAAAUUCUUCAUCAUCAAAUAAAAUGGUUUGUUCAUCGAUAUUCGUGUUGUGUUGCCUCGCGUUAGUCUGUUUUCCUCAAAUUGUUCUAGCAUUAGUUAAUUAUUCUUUGCCUCCGUAUUCUAAAUAUACUGCUUCGGAUAUACUUGAUGACGCGCGCUUGGACACGUUUUCGUUGAUAAAAAAAUAUGGAUAUCCAUGCGAAAUACAUCGCGUGUACACUGAAGAUAAGUAUAUUUUAGAGGUGCACAGGAUACCUGGCAAGACACCCAAUGCGCCGGUGGUCUUUCUCCAACACGGCUUGUUGUCGUCUUCCGCUGAAUGGGUGCUUAUGACCCCCGGUCGAGGACUUGCGUACAUCUUAGCAGACGCUGGAUACGAUGUCUGGAUGGGCAACGCACGAGGGAACACUUACUCCCGAAACCAUGCCUCUCUGAAACCUACAUCUUCCUCUUUCUGGAAGUUCAGCUGGCAUGAAAUAGGUUACUACGACCUUCCUGCCAUGUUCGAUUACGUCAUUAAAGAAACUGGACUUCCUAGGAUCCAGUACAUCGGUUUCUCUCAAGGGACUACAGCUUUCUGGGUUUUGAUGUCAACUAGGCCUGAAUAUAACAACAAAAUUCUUGCUAUGCAAGCUUUAGCACCUGUAGCAUACGUGGGGAAUAUUAAGAGUCCUCUGAUAAAAGCUAUAGCACCGUUCACUAACUCUCUUGAAAUUGUAUUUAAACUAUUAGGGACUAACGAAAUUCUCCCCAAUGGCAAAAUAAAUGAACUUGCAGGACAGAGCUUGUGUAUUGAAGAAGCCAUCACCCAACCACUUUGUACAAACCUUUUGUUCCUUAUUUGUGGAUUUAAUUCAGAACAACUUAAUACGACAAUGCUGCCAGUUGUUAUGGGUCAUACUCCAGCCGGGGCUUCAACGAGACAACUCAUACACUUCGGUCAAUUGUACAAGUCAGGGAAAUUCGUACAAUUUGACCACGGUUGGCUUACAAACAAACGAAAAUAUGGAACCUACAAACCUCCGGCGUACGAUCUGCAAAAUAUCAGGACUCCUGUUUUCCUCCAUUACGCUGACAACGAUUGGUUAUCGACCCCUAAAGAUGUUAAAAAACUGGCAAAAGAAAUACCUACAGCAAUUGGUCUUUUCAGAGUACCUUUAUCUAAAUUCAAUCAUUUAGAUUUCGUCUUCGCCAUAAAUGCGACGGAGUUCAUAUACAACCGCUUAUUGAACAUAAUGGCACAAUUCAAAGACGAAGUAUGAACUAACACAUUAUAUUUCACGCCACUUAACACAUACAAAUACAAUUUUAUCUUGACAACGAUGUAUGUUUUCAUCUUCACCUGCUUAAACCUGCGAAAACAAAAUACCAUUUU